AAAUAUCUGUUUGCUUUGCAGAUAAACCAAAUGCCAGUCCAGCACGCGACUCUCCUGAAAAGCACCGUCUCGAGAGCUUCUUGGUACGAGCGUGAACGGCGAAAGGACGAUGUUAUCGUAUAUGCUGCCAACGGAGGACAAGCCACCACCGGGAGACUCGAGUCAAGGCAACUUUCGUGCUAGCAAGUUGCAGAAGAGUCCGAAGGAACGUUCGUUCGCCUCGAGGCCACCUGGCAACGUAAUCACUGUUUCACCGAAAAAGUACACCGACACGGCCAAAACCAUGAUCGUCUCGAAAAUCGACGAGCAUGGCGGUGAUCAGCGGGUGCAGAACGAACAGCAGCAGCAACAGCCGCUGACGAACGAAAGCCCGAAGCAUAACGGGACCGUGGUGAAAAAAUCAACUUUGCACGCGUCGAAGGUUGCUAAAGAUGACAGCCUGUACAGCAUCAACAGCGAGGCCAGCACGGUCGGCAGCGAUCGGAAGAAUAAAAUCUUCAACGGAGCGAAGCACACUAGUCUAAAGAGAGUUUCCUUUGGUUCGAGCAAAGGAUCCAUGGUAGAGACUCUGGUAUACGAGACACCUGUUCAAGAGGAGCCGGAGAUCAAUCGUUUCUUGGACCACAACGGACGCGUACCCUCCUUAAUUGCUCCUGUACCUGAUACCGACGAAGGUAGGGAAAUGGUACGCGUCUCUUUGCUAGGUCCACAACCUUCACCGACAACGCCCGGCGUAUUUCAGGUGCAGCCUAUCGCGAUAUCGAGGAUUCAACCCAUCGACAUGGACCCUGUUGGAGCAGAACUCCUGACCACGCACACCGAACACACGGACCCUGCUUAUCACACGCAAAUCAGCACGGACAGUGGUUGGGAUAAUCCGUUCAGACCCGACGGCGACCUUUCGAGGGAAGCUGACGAGAUAGUGGAAUUGAUAAAAGGUGGCAAACCUAUCACACCGACCCCUGGACAGACAGCUCCGCCGUUGCCAGGAUGCGACACGGUUACCAGCAACGCGCAGACAACCCUCGAUCACGAUUCGAGUUCCAGCCCUUUGCUGAAGUCGUCCGCGAACUCGACGAAUCGACACGCAAACUCGUCGCCGAAACCUGGCCAAGAAAACGGAAACGCUCAUAGCACUCCGAUAAAAGGUGCAACCGCUAAUAGCCAGCAACCUGUCAACGAAAAGGUUGCCCCAUCGUCGAGAGCAGCUAUGGUGAAGGUGGCUAGAAUGACGGCACAGGGACCAGGCGACGUUUCGCAGGUCGAACACGUCACCCUGAAGAAGAAGCCUAAAUGUAAAUGUUGUGUUCUGCAGUAAUAGACGAAAGCUUCUCUAAACUCUAUCGCACGGAAUGUCCCAACCAACUCGGCCCGACGAUUCUCCGUCGUUGAAGAUGCAUCGCGACUUCUUCGUCAACGAUCGUAUCCGUCGGUUCGCCUUUCUUAAUUCUUGCUUAACACGACGACGAGUGUUGCGUGGAAAACGCAAUGCCUCCUAUUCCUAACCCUGUGAAGUAACGACGAGAAAAUUGCGUUUUCUGUUUCGGAUACGCGACUUUGCGAGAGAAGAAUACCGAAGCGAAGUAAUUUCUACAAAUUACUGGGACGAAUCGUCUCGAGCAAGAAUCGACGCAGCGGUGAAGGAGGAUACCUGAUCAUGCGUAAAAAACAAAGCACCGAGCCUCUUGAUAGCCUUUCAGAGACAGUGAAGGAGUGUCUAUAAAGUAAACACAGACUAUAUAAAAAGGAGAGAAUAAGAAACAAAAAUAUAUAUAUAUACAUAAAUAUACAUAAAACUCUAUAUUGUAGAUACAGAAAUGGUAGUUGUAUAGCUUAUAAUGCUUUUACUAUUGUGGUUAAUUACUGUCAAAAUUACCGUGAUUUCAAGAAUGACCGAUAACGCGAGCGUGAAAGUCCGCAGCGAGUUGCAUAGAAGAGUUACGUUCAAAUGUUUAUCAAAAGAUAACGGGGCAAAUGGGAAGGAGGGAAUGCUACUAAACUUCGUUGGACAUCGAUCUCUAUAUAAUACCGAUAGAUUCAUAGACUCUCGUUUUUACUAAAACUCAAAUCUCUAUAGGCAACUUUUACGAAAUUUUUUAACGUUAAAAAGAAGAAAGAGGGGAGAGUACGCGCGAAUCGUACGACGCGGGACUCUAUAGAAAACAGAAACCUCGAGUUUCCGUAUUUUUUCGACAAACCAGAGUACUAAUUAUUGUCCGUUCGAUCGCUUUUUAUCGUGGCACACAGAUCUCUUUUUCUCUUUCGUCGCUUGUUAUUUUCUACACCUCGCAUCGAAAUGAACGCAAAAGAAGAAGAAGAUAACGAUGACGUGUAAAUUAGGCGAGCUGGCGCUCGACAGUCCAACCGCGUGGGUAACUAUUCAGGAUCGUCGUACGAGAUUGUGUAAAUAUCGUGAUAUUUUUUGAAUUGUACGCGUGUGAUUAACGGCGAUCCGAGCUGUUCAAACGUGAAGAAAAAAAAUGAAUCAAGAGACGCUUUUUCUCUGCGCUCUACGUGAAAACGACUUCUCGAUUGCUGCAAUGGCACAAACAAACCCGUCGAGGAGAAGAAGAACAGUGCUUGUAAAUGUUGGCGCACGAACGAUGAAUUUUUAAGGAUAUAUUUUUAAUUUGAUUACUAGACUUACGGAUGUUUAUGUAUUUAUGAUGUAUCGAGAAAUCUAUACAAAAAUAUAUUCAAAGUACGCGUACGUAUAAGGGAAGAAAAUGUGCAAAAUUGGAGAAAUAAAAUGAUCAAAUUCUUUUGUAACGAAGUUAACGUAAAAAGAAACCCUUGCUUAUGCUUAUUUAUGUACCCGUUAUGUAAUUCGGAAAAGAAAUCAAAUCAGAUUUUCAGAUUCUGUAUAAUUAUUAAUAACGUCAUUUUGGACUUUAGUGUGACGGUAGAAAAGACAUGGAACGUGUUAAAAAAUAUGGAGCUACAUAUUUCCAUAGACAUCCGCAGUCUACCAGUGAUCGCGUUUGCACGUACGACAAUUAUUGUUUAUUGCUUCUCUGUCGAACGCGUUUUUUAUUUCAAUACGUCCUUUUCGCAGCUUGAUCGAUUUUUAUUCUAUUUAACCGUGUAUCAUAUACGUCGAAAUGUAAGACGUACGUUUAAAUAAAUGCGACUAAACGCGCCUGUUCACGAUAAAGUGAUUUAUGACGUAUAUUUGCAGUCAUUGUUGAUGUUCGUCGAUAAGCGAAACCGUUGAUCGGUUCCGCUCGUAAUUAACUAUUGUAAGAAAGUUUCGAGUAUCGUAUUUGUCUCCUUUCUUCGCUGCAGUGAAAUUCAAAAUCUGGGAUUGGGUGUGAGCGAAGACUGGAGGGAAAGAGGAAUAUCGCGAGUUUGUUGUAAAUGCAUGAGCGACUGAGCGUUUGCCUGCGCGAGUGCCUGUAUUAUUUUUUAAUACACAUAUCCGCGUAUUUUCCUAGAUCGCCGGGGCAAGAAACACAGAUAUUUAUGAAAUUAUGCUGGAUAAUAGUUGGGGUGACGGAUGCGUUUGAAUUGUUAAAAGAGCGAGAGCGAGUGUGAGAUUGAAAAGGGGAGAGAAAGAGAAGGAGGAGGCAAACCUUUAUUUUCUUUCAUUGUACGCAGUUGCAAUGUAUGUACGGUACAGAGUGUACUAUAAAGUUGUAAGUAAUAGAAGAUCCUGAAUAAUUUACUCGCGUCCUCGCAAUUUCGGAGCAAGUGGAAGGAGAUGACACGGCAAGGAGAGUGAAUCUGGGAGAAAGGAACUACUUUCGUGCAACGAAAUGUUCUCUUGCAGGUGUAUGUUACAGGUUUACACGCUCGCGUAUAUGCACGUAAAACACCCACAUGUAUACUGUGCGUAGAGAGCAGAGAAAACAAAAUAUGAUCCUUUUGAAAAUUC